AUGGCUGAGGUGCUGCUGGUGCUCGGAGCGGUGCACAUUGGAGCGCUGGUGGUAGCAGUAAAUGCUCCCGGGGCGGAUUUCAAGUGGGAGUUUCCCAAGGAGGAGCAGCGGGUUGAAGAGGAGGUGGUGAGGGAGGAACCCACGCAGAAUCGGUCGUACUUUGCGCAAACGAUGCCGGUCGGGGUGCAGGACGAGCCAAAGAGCGUUCCACCGUCGACCUCGAUGCCCAAGAUCAUCGUGUGA